AGUGUUAUACCGGCGUCGCGCUGCCAGACGUCAGAACAAAAGCUUUGGCUCCUAGCUGUGCGAGUGUAUCAUUGAAAGACUGCGACUCACGAGGGAGGUGGUCAGCCGGGAUGCAUUCUAUGAUAGGUAUCACGUUGUUGGUGUGUGUGGCAGGGGGCAUCACCCUGGCGGAGGUGCACUCUGUCUCCGACAAUGACCUCCUCUCAGCUAUCACCUGGGCCACCCUCGAUCUCCACAACCUACCCCAACCUGGGCUCCUGACCUCCCUCGAGCGCCUGAACAUGACCUCCGUCGACCUAGACGAAAGUCUUGGCUCUUUGGCCUCCCUAGAGGGCCUUGAUUUGAAUUGGAAUGACCUCGAGGCUAGGAAUGUGACCCCACGUCACUCCCGACGCAAGAGAAACUUAGAAAUGAUCUUCCAUGAACCUGGAGAUAUUGAGGUGGAGCUCAAGUUUAUCAUUCCAAUGUUCAACGUAUAUGAAUCCACCAACCUCAACUUAGAGUUGCCAUUCGUGUUCUCGAUGGAAUUGCCAGAGGAGAAAAAUAACCCUUUCAUCGUAGGGAAGAAGAACGACAGGAGGUGGGACGAUACGGUGGGCACCAUGAUGGCCGACCUGGAAACCCUUGUGUCUAUGUUGGGUGUAGACGGCGGCGGCUGUGUGAGGAAGGCACUGUGUGAGCUGGCUGCCAUGCCCCCCAUCACGCCACAGGGCCUCACCGGGGAGAUGAUGCAGCUUCUAGUCAGAUACAUGAUGAACCAGGUCGAGGGGGAAGUAAAUGCGAUAAACCUGGAGGAAAGAGUGACUGAGAAAGAAAGAGAGAACAACAAGAAAGAAAAACUAGAAGAGAUAAGUGUAUCAGAGAAGCCGAAUGGAGAAGAGGAGAAAGAGGACAGCCAGACAAAGAAACAAAAGGAGAAACACAAAGAUGAUGAGAUAAGAGAGAGGAAGUGGAAGCAGAGUAAGGACUAUGUGGAUGCCACUAUUCACGGCAAGAAGAAUGGCGACUGUUGGAGCGCUUAUCCAGAGUGUCCCCUCUCCCUCAUGCACCUGCUGUCCUCUUAUUAACACCUCUUCCUCCUCCUCCUCCUCCUCCCUCUUCCUGAACAUCUCUUCCUCGACACCUCCCGGCACAUAACUACCAAGACAUUCUCUGCAACAUAAGACGUUCUCUACAACACAAGACUUUCUCUACAACAUAAGACGUUCUCUACAACACAAGACGUUUUCUACAACACAAGACGUUUUCUACAACACAAGACGUUCUCUACAACACAAGACGUUCUCUACAACACAAGACGUUUUCUACAACACCCACGACGUUCUCUACGACUCAAGACUUUCUCUACAACAUAAGACGUUCUCUACAACACAAGGACGUUCUCUACGACUCAAGACAUUCUAUACAAUGCAAGACGUUCUCUACAACACAAGAUGUUCCCUAUAACUCAAGACGUUCUCGAUAACUCAAGAUGUUCUCUACAACACAAAACAUUAUCUACGACUCAAGACGUUCUCUACAACACAAGAUGUUCCCUAUAACUCAAGACGUUCUCGAUAACUCAAGACGUUCUCUACAACACAAGACGUUCUCUACAACACAAGACGUUCUCUACAACACAAGAUGUUCCCUAUAACUCAAGACGUUCUCGAUAACUCAAGACGUUCUCUACAACACAAAACAUUAUCUACGACUCAAGACGUUCUCUACAACACAAGACGUUCUCUGCAACACAAGACGAUCUCUACAACACUCAAGACGUUUUCUACAACACUCAAAAAGUUCUCUACAACACUCAAGACGCUCUCUACAACACCCAAGACGCUCUCUACAACACACAAGACGUUCUCUACAACACAAUACGUUCUCUAUAACAACACAAGACGUUCUCUACAACACUCAAGACGUUCUCAACAACACUCAUGACGUUCUCUACAACACCCAAGACGUUCUCUACAACACCCAAGACAUUCUCUACAAAAAAUCAAGACGUUCUCUACAAAAAAUCAAGACGUUCUCUACAACACUCAUGACAUUCUCUACUACACAGGACGUUCUCUACAACACUCAAGACAUUCUCUACAGCACAAGACGUUAUCUACAACACAAGAUGUUCUCUACAACAACCAAGACGUUCUCUACAACAGCCAAGAUGUUCUCUACAACAGCCAAGACGUUCUCUACAGCACAAGAUGUUCUCUACAACAGCCAAGACGUUCUCUACCACUUUCAAAAUUUCUGAACAGCAGCCUUCAUUCUUGAGAAACUAAUGCAUGCUGAUGAAUGCACCUUAAUAAUCCUGAUGAUGAAGCCGCUAAAACUAAGAUAAAAAAAUAUUUCUUCAUCGAGACAUUUCAACAGUCAAGGUAACACAACGUGAUCUUCAAUGUGCAACUGAAAGGACGAACAACUCAUGGGGUCAAAGGUCAGGUCACAACGGAGAUUUUGCAUUGGUAUAUUCAAACUCUCACAAUAUAUUUCAUCAGUCAGAUGGGGACUUACUAUAAAUAUAUAUUUUUUCCUUUAUAAAUGGUUGAUAAUUAGUGUGGUGUGGUAAGUUGUAUGAACUAACCUAGAAUACACGCUUAUUGACCUUCGUUGUUCAUCCCUUAACUACGGGGACCCCACUUUUAGUAUUUUAUUCGACUACCGCCAAACAAUUUUAUUCACCUCAGUGGGGACCCCAUACACAAGGGCUUAAGGCACACAGUAAUCCAGUCAUACUUUUGAUCACCUGGGUCACGGUACAUCUCUUGAAGGUUGACUCUUCCUCUCUAACGAUCUGACACGUUGCAUUAAAGACCUAUUACAUACUUAUGUGUCCUUUGUUUGUGCACUUAGCCUCCUCUGCUUGUGUCCAUAUAACUCAGGAUUACUUUGGUUGUGGGCAAGUCUGCUUUACUGAAUGUGUCUUAAUAUCUGUGUAUGUUUUUGUGUGUGAUUGAGAGUGUUGCAUGCAUGUCACUAUGUAUCUAUGUUUUUGUGUGCUUUUAAGGGAAAAUAACACCUAUAGUAGUAUGGAAACAACACAAAAUCAAGUGCUGCUGUGUUUUCUCUUAUACAUAUUCAGGGAAACUAAAAACAAACAAUUAAAUUUAGUGAAAUACAAUGAUAAGGGUUUCUCAGGGUGCAGAAGAUACUGUACUGUACUUCUAAACAGGAUUUAACACUUCAGAAAAGAUCUAGUAUACUUAUUUAUUAGUUACUUUACAAAACCCUUAUUUAUUAUGCAAUUAACCUGUAAGUGUUAAUGGUUUUAGUCUUGCAAGCAAGUGGUUCAAAAACAGUGUAAAACUGUCAUGUAUACAAUAAAAAACUCCACAGAG